GCAGCGUCACCGCCCCCCGCGCCUGCGCAGGGCCCGGAUCUGUGUUUAGGGCUGGGGGAGCUGCGUCUCGCUCGGAGCCUUCGGCCCUGUCAUACCCCAGCGCCAGGCGCAGCCCGGCCCGGCCCGCCGAGCAGAAAUGGGAAAAUCUCUUUCUCAUCUACCGAUACACACGUGUAAGGAAGAUGGCUAUGAUGGAGGUACAGUGUCCGAUAAUAUGAGGAAUGGGUUAGUUCACUCAGAAUCACACGGUGAGGAUGGCAGGUGUGGGGAUGUGUCACAGUUUCCAUACGUGGAAUUCACAGGAAGGGAUAGUGUCACUUGUCCUACCUGCCAGGGAACGGGAAGAAUUCCACGAGGGCAGGAAAACCAGCUGGUAGCAUUAAUUCCAUACAGUGAUCAGAGACUAAGGCCAAGAAGAACAAAACUCUAUGUGACUGCUUCUGUAAUUGUAUGUCUCCUACUUUCUGGACUGGCUGUAUUUUUCUUGUUUCCUCGCUCAGUCGAUGUUGAAUACAUUGGCGUGAAGUCAGUUUAUGUCAACUAUGAACAGAGCAGACGUAUAAUAUAUUUAAAUAUUACGAACACGUUAAAUAUAACAAACAACAACUAUUAUUCAGUUGAGGUCGCAAACAUCACAGCCCAAGUUCAGUUUUCAAAAACAGUUAUUGGCAAAGCACGUCUAAACAACAUCACCAACAUUGGUCCUCUGGAUAUGAAACAGAUUGACUAUAUGGUGCCCACAGUCAUACAAGAUGAAAUGAGCUACAUGUUUGACUUCUGUACUUUGCCAUCAAUCAAGGUGCACAACAUUGUAGUGAUGAUGCAAGUGACGGUGACAACCUCUUACUUCGGCCACUCUGAGCAAAUAUCCCGAGAGAAAUACCAGUAUGUGGACUGUGGAGGAAACACAACCUACCAGCUGGGCCAGUCAGAAUAUUUAAAUGUACUCCAGCCUCCACAGUAAAAGCACCUGUUGGUUGGUGUGGAAAUCACUGAUCUUAAUGCUUGCAGAAAUCCUUUAAAUAGGACUGGUACUUUGUAAAGAAGAGAAUAUGUGCAUGUAAUGCAUAGGAAACAUGGUGGCCUGUUCACUUUAAUUGCAAGGAGGGAAAAGGUUCAAAAUGUAUAUAGAUGCACUUGUUAAGUGUUGUGUUUUUCCCCUUCUGUUCGCUUUCCAUUACUGUAAACACAGUCAAGUCAUGUGGUUGGAGGGAGAGGGGGGAAUUACAGACUCUUGAGCCGAACUGGGACCUUGCUUUACAGUGUGGUAUAUCAAUUUAGAGUAACUGUGUGUUGUCUGUCUAGGUGAAAUGUGUCACUAAUGAGCAUUUUAGAAGAAUUGGUACUCAUCACUUCUAAGUUUAUAUUUUCAGUUCUUGAUAUUUGACUCUUGAAACUCGCAGCAUAACUACUUAAGUAACAAGAUUGCUUUGAGGGACCUGGGUGUGAAAUUAGUAGUAGUAAACCAGUGGCAAUAUUUCUUUGGUUUGGGAUUCUACUUUUUGCUGUACUUGAUCAGAAGUGAUAUGUGGUCUGUGAAAGCCAGGAAAGCUCUUGUGGGCCACACUAUACUUGAAUGUACAACUUCUAGAGUCUAGCCUCUUCUUGUUCAUAUUGCCCCCUGCCAUCUCUGGGAUGUUAUAAGUAGAAUGUAUGCUGCCAGGUUUAAAACAAGGUUAAAGAAAGAAAUCCCCCCACAAUCGUUACUGACAAAAGAAAAAUUCAAGACUAUGUAAAGUAAAGGAGUUAAGACUUCAACGGUGUCAUUCCAUUCUUUUUCAGCUCAACUUUGGAGUACAACUAUUGAAAUCAGAAUUGUGUAGUUGGGAACUAAGUGGAAAACUGUUUGGGCAGCUCGAUGUAAAUCUUCAGCAUUUUUAUUCUUUGAUAUACUUUGUAUCUAAGCUACUUGUCAGUGCUAAUACCUUGGGGUGUGUGUGUAGUUAGCACACAGGCUCAGUAUGCAGUGAAGUAGUUACCUGAAUCUCCUGAGCGCUCAUAGUUCUUAUCUGUUGUGUAAGUUAGAAUAAAGCAACUCCUUCUGGAAGAAGAAAAGCUGACUUAGAACAAAACUAAUAAAAAAUAGUUUAAUUGGUUUAGUUUGCACAAUGAGAAUUUCUGGGGGGCUCUAUCAAGCACAGCUAUUGUAAAUUUCAGGUCUGAAGUUGAUUGACUUCUGAAAACUGACUGUUCUAAGGGCUAGGUACAAAACUUUUUAAUUAACUAGUUCGGGUUUGUUUUAAUUCUGAAUCAGAUGGAGCUUCAAGGAAGUGCUACUGAGACAUUGCAUUGUAACAAAUACUAAAUUUUCUGAACUGUUGUGGUUUUUAUGCUGCCCAUUUCCUGGAAAUAAGCUAUAUGAAAUGAAUUAGCAAUAAACACUAUGGAAAAAGGCUAUGGAGUAACUUCUUGCAACUAAUGAUCCUUUAUGCUGCAGUAAUUUGGUGAAGUUACGUGUCUGUAUUAUUCAUCAGUGUUCCUCAGGUGGACCUAAAGGUGGUGGUGGGGAAACGUACCAGUUAGGUGAGUCUGAUAGAUAUCUUUUUUUUUUUUUAAGGGGGAGGGGAAGAAUAAGUAACUCUACAAAAAGAAAAAAAGAAUGUCUGAAUGCAGUGAGCAUUUAUCCUGAAUGUCUAUGAAAAAUCUGACUAUUAUAUUGGAACAUAAACUGUCAAUUUUCUAUAGUUUUUGAUAGGACUGAAAAGUUGAGUUUUGGUUUAGGAGUGUUUUGGUACUGGAAUAAUUGAUUCUGAUGACUGACUUAUGAUUUGAAAGUUUUUCUUGUAUCUAGGCACUUAAAAAUCUUCUUUAUAUCUUAACCACAAGGCAAAGAAGUUCACAACUGGCUCUCCUGGUCUUCCUAAGCUGUAGAUCAGGUUCAGUCUUGUGGAUGGUACAACACUUGCAGAAGCUGAUCUGACAGUCUGAAAUGAUACAGCUGGUAACUCAAGACCAGGGUGGAAAGGGAGCAUGCUAGGAGCAGAGAAGUAACAUCUAGUAUUUUAUGUGACAUGGAAGGAUUUGUUUCUGUUGGAGCAUGUGGAAAGCUAUCUGCUUUAAGCCAUGUCAGAUUUGAAGUCAACCAGUAAGCUGUAUUUCUUUUUUCUCUACAUCCAGGUAUUUAAGCCUUGAGUUGGUUGUAUUUUUUUUUUUUCUUGUUUCAUUUUGAUGUAGAAAAAAGAAAACAGUCCUAGUCAGAUAUAUAUAUAUGUGUGUGUGUAUAUGUGUGUGUAUAUAUACACAUAUAUAUGUAUAUAUAUACAUAUAUUUAUUUUAUUUUUGUACCAGUUUAAACCAAAAUGUUUUCAAAGGAUAAAAAGUAAUCUAAAAUAACUGGAAUGGCACAACAUUGUACUUAUUUGGUCACAGUAGGUAGCAGGUGCUGCUUGAAUGAGAGGGUUUCUAGGGAUUUUAUGCUUGCUUAUGCAGUGUUGUGACACAACUCAGACUGACAUGUGAAAGUUUGGCAGAUGUGCUGAGCAAAACACAUACUUAAUCUGUGAAUCUCCCACUGCUUAAAAUGCUCUGUGCUGCCUUCUUUAAAAUAAAAAGUGGGAAGUGGGAUUAUUCUUUUCAUGGAUAUGGAGGGAUGAAAUAUUAUUUUUUAAUAACUGUUUAUUACCUGGCUUACUUUGUGGGUGUAAAUCUUAACAGUGUUAAUUUGUGGUGGGAUUACUGAGUAACUAAGAGUUCUUACCUGAAAGUGGAAUCUGGUAGUAUUGGUGAAUCUUCAAAUUAAAUCAUUUUACAAGAGCAUUAAAAGUGUGGUACUUUGUGCUUGCAAUAACAGUCAGCAUGUUGUUAACCAAACCAAGUUGUGCAAACAAGCUAUGAAAAAAAUAGAUUCAAAUGAAAGACCUCUUACCACCUCAUUUAUUUCUAUUGAUUUCUAUAUUUUAUCCCUAUGGUUCAAUAUGGUCCAGAUUCUAAAUUCUUUCCAGAAGUUCAGCUUGAACAACCGUUGUCCUUCCUGGUUUGUUUUAGUCUGUGUAUAAUGUCUUUCUGAUGGAUUAACUUAUUUAUUCACUCAUAACUUAUCCCUUAAUCUUAGAAUGUGAUCAAAUGCAUGCAUGACAACAUUGUACUGUUAUAUUUCACGGGAUUUAUUUCUGGUAUUCUUUUCACUUGAACUCUUCCUUGCAAUUCCUGUAGCAAAUCCUAUUGCACUUUACCGUAAAGCUCCGUUAGUUAUCUGUUGGAACAGUUGUUCAGGUAUUGUCGUGCAAUGGCACAAUCCAAAAUAAGAACCUUAAAUGUAUUCCAUCUACAAUAGCCAUAAAAUUUCAAAAUCCAAAGGCAGGUGAUGAAACACUUAAAUGAGUAAGAAUGUUAGAUGUUUUGCUGCUCUGGCCCACAGAACAAAAUUGGAUUUAAAUAUGAUACUUUAAAAAUGAAUAAAUGAAACCACUAAAACUUGAAGAUUUGUUUAUCCAUUUGGGUGUUUAGGGGGCAGUUGCUGCUUAAUUUCAUGUGAAGACAAGCAUUAAAUAUAUUAUCCUGGGUAGUGUGGCUUUGAAGUUCGUAAUGCAUUUCUGGUUUGUGCAUGACCUUGAUGUUAACGUUGUGGUAUAUUUUGCAGCCUUGUGCUGACAGAGUUAAGUACGUGCCUCAGUUGACUUUGUUUCAGUUUGUCCUUGAAGUCCUUCAAGUGGAUAAAUUUCUUCAUAGCAGUUCACUGCAGAUAUGACUAGGCUUUCUACUGUAUGGCUAACCACAAAAUUUCUGAGCACUUGGAUUGAACUGUUAGGGACUUUAACCAUCAGACUAAAAUACUGUGCCCACAUGAUGGGAAGGAUGUUGCUUGAAGCAGUAUGAGAGAUUUGUAGACUUGAAAAAAUAAUGUUAUUUCUUGUUUGCUAUUUAUGGCUUCGUGCUGGGAGGUGGAGAGCUGAUGGGAGAUUUAGUGGUGGUUUUGCUUAUUUUCCUUCCUCUCUCUCUCUGGUCUGUAGUGGGAUAUCUGCGUGUUAUCAUCUUAUGAAGGAGGGUGACUUGUUUCAGAGUGAGGCACCUACAUGAAGUCCCACAUCAGUGGGACUGGACAGGUGUAGUUAAGAUACAACUAAGACUAGCAGUAAUACUCUCCUCUGAACUAAUUUUUUCUGUUGUCUCAAACAAAAUGCCAAAACCCUAGCAAUGCUUCUAGGCUUAUUACUUCUGAAAGGGAGGAAUGAACAAGGUGAGUGCAGCCAAUGUAAUAAAAUCCAACCAAACAUGUUUGAAACAAAUAUUUGGGUAUGACAGAAACAUCUGGUAUUUGUCUACUCAAGAAGCCAUCUUUUUCUUUUCUUUUUUUGUUAACCUUUAAAUGGAGAUUCUGGUAAUUAAUAAAGAAGAUUGCUUUGCUGCCCCUAAUACUUUUGUCAUGCAAACCUGGUUUUCUGCCUUUGGGUUGGCUUGUUGGAUAGGAGCUGUUCUCUGUAAGAAAUCUGUACAGUUAGAGCUGUCCAGCCCUGAGGUGUAGUGUGAGACCCUGUGCUAAGGGUCUUGCAGUGUGGAUGUGUGUGUUUUUUGGAUACUGAAACUGCUUUUGCUUUGUAAGUAGGGAUGUUAACUGCCAGACAUGCAAGCAUUACGGUGCCUAAAUAUUUUGGGUCUGACCAUGAGUGAUUUAGUUUUGUGGGUUUUUUUUCCUGUUUCAAGUAAGUGAACUUAACCACUGUUAACAUCCACUGUACAGAGUGUGCAUAUAAUAGCUUGGAAUAUGUAUAGAAAUACUAAUGAGUUAUAACUAUUUUUGUAACUUGUAAAUUGUAAACCUGUUCUUGUAACUGUGUGGCAAACAGUCUGUCAACUUCAGCAUGAUAAAUAAACACUCUAGGGGGUAUUUGGGGUGUGUAAGACACAUGCUAUCUUAAUACAAGUUAACUGAGACGAUGGAUCUUAUUUAGAGGUUCAAAAUCUGGAUUUAACUUCAUUAUGGGUAUUUGGUUCUAAACAGAAUUGUUUGACUCAAAGAAUGAUAUUAAAUUUUCUAUUAAAAAAAGUCGGGAUCAUGCAUCUUUUGUUCUUUCUUAAAACUAACAGUACUUCUUCAAUUUUUAUAACUAGUGGCAUUCUGUGGUGUAAAAACUCACCAGUCUACUUUUUUUUUUUUGAUAUUAUGUUUUAAUGUGUUAGACCUGUAAUAAAGUCUAGUAAAGCAAAGCA